GUUAAGCAAAUCAACAAAGACAUCGGUGUAUUAUAUUUUCUACUGCUUUUCUUCUCUUCCAAGCCUACUUUCUCUUCUGUGUCUUUCGUCGCUUUUGCAGCCAUGGUUCUCGAGGCUACUAUGAUAUGCAUUGAUAACUCAGAAUGGAUGCGAAACGGCGAUUAUUCUCCGUCUCGAUUUCAAGCCCAAGCUGAUGCUGUUAGUCUUAUCUGUGGAGCUAAAACCCAGUCUAAUCCGGAGAAUACGGUGGGGAUUUUGACUAUGGCGGGCAAAGGAGUACGUGUAUUGGCUACUCCUACUAGCGAUCUCGGAAAAAUCUUGUCUUGCAUGCACGGUCUUGAAAUGGGGGGUGAGAUGAACCUAGCAGCUGGAAUUCAGAUUGCUCAGUUGGCUCUAAAGCAUCGCCAAAACAAAAAUCAGCAGCAAAGGAUUAUAGUUUUUGCUGGAAGUCCUAUUAAGCAUGAAAAAAAGGCAUUGGAGAUGAUUGGGAAGAAGCUGAAAAAGAAUAGCGUAGCUCUUGAUAUUGUCGAUUUUGGUGAGGACGAAGAUGGAAAGCCAGAAAAAUUGGAGGCUCUUCUCACAUCUGUUAAUAAUAAUGAUACUAGUCACAUAGUUCAUGUUCCUGCUGGUCAGAAUGCACUUUCAGAUGUCCUUAUCAGCACGCCUGUGUUCACCGGGGAUGGGGAAGGAGGAAGUGGCUUUGCUGCUGCUGCUGCUGCAGCUGCAGCGGGUGGGGUUUCUGACUUUGAUUUUGGCGUGGAUCCUAACAUAGAUCCUGAGCUGGCUCUUGCUCUAAGGGUUUCCAUGGAAGAGGAGAGGGCAAGGCAAGAAGCUGCUGCCAAGAGAGCUGCUGAGGAAGCCACUAGACAAGAAAAAGGAGAGGAAGCACAACCACAGUCCGAUUCUCAGAAUGCAACAAUGAAUGCUACUGAAAAAGCUUCUGACCCAAUGGAUGAGGAUGACGCUUUGCUAAAGCAGGCCCUUGCAUUGUCGAUGAAUAUCCCCGGAUCUGAUUCUUCUGCAGGUGAUGCUCAAAUGUCUGAGGCAACUAAUGACGACCAGGAAUUCGCCUUGGCACUUCAGAUGUCUAUGCAGGACGGUUCAAAAGAUUCGUCAGCUCAAUCAGAUGUCAGCAAGGUGUUGGGGGAUCAGUCUUUUAUGUCAUCCAUUCUUUCAUCGCUUCCGGGAGUUGACCCAAACGAUCCAAAAGUGAAAGAUCUGCUAGCAUCUUUGCCCAGCCAAUCUGAGCCGCAAGAAAAGAAAGACGAAGAUGAACAACCCAAAGAUGACAAGUGAAGAUCUACAUUCCUUCUAACAAUCGAUGUGUGAGCCGAUUUCUAGCGGAGUUAAGUCCUUUUUCUCCAGAGACUUGAGAAAUGUGUCAAAACUGUGCUGAAUUGUGGGCUCGGUAGAAACAUUUUCGUUUUUCGAUUUGAAUGUACGAGAUUAGGACGAUAUCAUUCGGUGUCUGAACUUUUAUUUGCAUAGGAAAAGCAGGAUUUGUUGGUGUUUGAUGAUAUAGAGUAUUUCCAGUUUCCCCUU